CACGCUUCAUGGGCCGGCCGUGAAGGGCCGGGCGCCCGGCGAGGGGGCUACCUAGAGCCUGGUGAGGGGCGGCCCAGAGAUCAGGGAGCGCGCCCUCGGGGCGCACAGCGCGGCGGCCCUCGCCGAGGAGAUGCCCAGGCGGCUGCGAGCCGCCGGCUGCAGAAGAAUCUAGGCGGGCAUGGACUUGGCCCCCCGGUCCUAGGGACCCUCGAGCCGCGCCCCUCUGCUCGAACUUGCCUGUCCGAAGCGAUGGCCUCGGAGGUGGUGUGUGGGCUCAUCUUCAGGCUGCUGCUCCCCAUCUGCCUGGCAGUAGCCUGCGCCUUCCGCUACAAUGGGUUCUCCUUCGUCUACCUCAUCUACCUCCUGCUCAUCCCGCUCUUCUCCGAACCGACCAGGGCGACGAUGCAAGGACACACGGGCCGGCUCUUAAAGUCUCUGUGCGUCACCAGUUUGUCCUUCCUGCUGCUGCACAUCGUUUUCCACAUCACGUUGGCCAGCCUGGAGGCGCAGCACCGGAUUGCACCCGGCUACAACUGCUCAACCUGGGAAAAGACGUUCCGACAGAUCGGCUUUGAAAGCCUGAAGGGAGCCGACGCGGGGAACGGGAUCCGAGUGUUCGCACCCGACAUCGGGAUGUUUGCCGCCAGUCUGGCCAUCUGGCUCGUCUGCAGGAACAUCGUUCAGAAGCCACUGACAGAGGAGGCAGCACAGUGUAACCCGGAGUUUGAGCACGAAGCUUCGGCUGGAGGAGAGAAGCUAGACUCAGAAGAGGCUCUGAUCUACGAAGAGGACUUGGAUGAGGGGGACGGCGCUGCAGCCGACCUGGAGGAAAGCACCAGGCUGAAGCUGCUGCGCAGGCUGGCCUCGCUGGCCUCCAGGCUCAAGGAGUUCAUCGGCAACAUGAUCACCACCGCGGGGAAGGUGGUGGUGACGAUUCUGCUGGGCUCGUCAGGUAUGAUGCUGCCGUCUCUGACCUCCUCUGUCUACUUCUUCGUGUUUUUGGGUCUGUGCACUUGGUGGUCCUGGUGCCGGACGUUUGACCCCUUGCUGUUCAGCUGCCUCUGCGUUCUGCUGGCUAUUUUCACGGCGGGACACUUGAUCGGACUCUAUUUGUACCAGUUCCAGUUCUUCCAGGAGGCGGUCCCCCCCGACGACUAUUAUGCCAGGCUGUUUGGUAUCAAGUCGGUGAUUCAGACAGACUGCUCCAGCACGUGGAAGAUCAUAGCAAACCCAGAGCUGUCCUGGUACCACCACGCCAACCCCAUCGUCCUGCUGGUCAUGUACUACACGCUGGCCACUCUGAUCCGCAUCUGGCUGCAGGAGCCCCUUGUGCAGGAGGAGGGGACCAAGGAGGAGGCCGGAGCACUGGCCUGCAGUCCGGGCCCCGUGACGGCCGAGAGGAGGAGGAGCCUGUGGUACGCCGCCCGCUACCCCACCGACGAGAGAAAGCUUUUAUCCAUGACUCAGGAUGACUACAAACCAUCUGAUGGCCUGCUGGUGACCGUGAACGGCAACCCCGUGGACUAUCACAGCAUCCACCCCAGCCUGCCCCUGGAGAACGGCCCCGCCAAGGCCGACCUGUACUCCACGCCGCAGUACCACUGGGAGCCCGACGCCGACGCCCCCGAAAAGGAGGAAGAGGAUCAGAAAGAAGAAUUUGAGGAGGAGAGGAGCCAUGAGGAAAAAAGGAGUGUUAAAGUCCAUGCCAUGGUCACUGUGUUCCAGUUCAUCAUGAAACAAAGUUACAUCUGUGCCCUCAUUGCCAUGAUGGCCUGGAGCAUCACCUACCACAGCUGGCUGACCUUUGUGCUGCUCAUCUGGUCCUGCACCCUGUGGAUGAUUCGCAACAGGAGGAAGUACGCCAUGAUCAGCUCCCCGUUCAUGGUUGUCUACGGAAACCUGCUGCUGGUCCUGCAGUACAUAUGGAGCUUUGAACUUCCUGAAAUUAAAAAGGUCCCAGGAUUUUUAGAAAAGAAAGAGCCAGGAGAACUUGCCUCGAAGAUACUUUUCACCAUCACCUUCUGGCUCCUGCUCAGGCAGCAUCUCACAGAGCAGAAAGCUCUCCGAGAAAAGGAAGCUCUUUUGUCUGAAGUCAAAAUCGGAAGCCAGGAAAGUGAAGAAAAAGAUGAGGAACACGACGUCCAGGUGGAAGGGGAGGCCCAGCAGAAGGUGGAGGAAGAGGAAACGAAGGAGGAGAAGCAGGAGAGAAGGCAGGAGGAGGAGGAGGAGGAGGAAGGCGGCCAGGACGUCAUGAACGUGCUGGGGAACCUGGUGGUGGCCGUGUUCAUCAAGUACUGGAUCUACGUCUGUGGCGGGAUGUUCUUCUUUGUCAGCUUCGAGGGCAAAAUCGUGAUGUACAAAAUCAUAUACAUGGUGCUGUUCCUGUUCUGUGUGGCCCUGUAUCAGGUGCACUAUGAGUGGUGGAGGCGAAUCCUGAAAUAUUUUUGGAUGUCCGUGGUUAUCUACACGAUGCUGGUGCUUAUUUUUAUAUACACGUAUCAGUUUGAAAAUUUCCCAGGCCUGUGGCAAAACAUGACUGGAUUGAAAAAAGAAAAGCUGGAGGACCUCGGCCUGAAGCAGUUCACCGUGGCGGAGCUCUUCACCCGCAUCUUCAUCCCCACCUCCUUCCUGCUGGUCUGCAUCUUGCACCUGCACUACUUCCACGACCGCUUCCUGGAACUCACGGACCUGAAGUCCAUCCCCAGCAAGGAAGACAGCGCCAUCUACAGCCAUGCCAAAGUCAGCGGGCGCGUGUAUCUAAUAAUCAGUAGACUGGCCCACCCCGAGGGAAGCCUCCCCGACCUCGCCAUGAUGAACCUGACCGCCCGCCUGGGGUCGGCGGACACCAAGCCGCUGGCUGGGCCUGGGGAGGGGAAGCCGGGGGGCUGCCCCGCCAAGGCCAAGAAGAGUGAGCCCGGCAAAGACAGCGAGGAUGAGGACGACGAGGACGAGGAGGAGGAGGCGUCAGAUCUGAGGAACAAGUGGCACCUGGUGACCGACCGGCUGACGGUGCUGUUCCUGAAGUUCCUGGAGUGCUUCCACAGGCUGCAGGCGUCCCUGUGGUGGGUCCUGGAGCUGCACAUUGUCAAGAUCGUGUCCUCGUACGUCGUCUGGGUGUCCGUGAAAGAGGUGUCUCUAUUCAACUACGUAUUUCUGAUUUCUUGGGCUUUUGCUCUGCCGUACGCCAAGCUGCGCCGUCUGGCUUCAAGCGUCUGCACGGUCUGGACGUGUGUGAUCAUCGUCUGCAAGAUGUUGUACCAGCUGCAAACCAUCAAACCUGAGAACUUUUCUGUUAACUGCUCCUUGCCAAAUGAAAACCAAACGAACAUACCCCUCCAGCAGCUGAACAAGUCCCUGCUCUACAGCGCCCCCAUCGACCCCGCCGAGUGGGUCGGCCUGAGGAAGUCUUCCCCUUUGCUUGUCUACCUGCGGAACAACCUGCUGAUGCUGGCCAUCCUAGCCUUCGAGGUCACCGUCUACCGCCAUCAGGAGUACUACCGGGGCCGGAACAACCUCACCGCCCCUGUGUCUAAGACCAUCUUCCACGACGUCACCAGACACCACCUGGACGAUGGGCUGGUCAGCUGUGCCAAGUAUUUUAUCAACUACUUCUUCUACAAGUUUGGGCUGGAGACCUGUUUCCUCAUGUCAGUUAACGUGAUCGGUCAGCGGAUGGAUUUCUACGCCAUGAUUCAUGCCUGCUGGCUGAUCGCCGUCUUGUACCGACGCCGAAGGAAGGCCAUCGCAGAGAUCUGGCCCAAGUACUGCUGCUUCCUGGCCUGCAUCAUCACCUUCCAGUACUUUGUGUGCAUCGGCAUCCCGCCCGCGCCCUGCCGGGAUUACCCCUGGAGGUUCAAGGGCGCCAGCUUCAACGACAACAUCGUCAAGUGGCUGUACUUCCCAGACUUCAUCGUGCGGCCCAACCCCGUGUUCCUCGUCUACGACUUCCUGCUGCUCCUGUGUGCCUCCCUGCAGCGGCAGACCUUCGAGGAUGAGAACAAGGCCGCCGUGCGCGUCAUGGCGGGGGACAACGUGGAGAUCUGCGUGAGCCUGGACGCCGCUGCCUUCAGCCAGCACAACCCUGUCCCGGACUUCGUCCACUGCAGGUCGUACCUGGAUAUGUCCAAGGUGGUCGUCUUCAGCUACCUGUUCUGGCUCGUGCUCACCGUUGUCUUCAUCACCGGCACCACCAGGAUCAGCGUCUUCUGCAUGGGCUACCUGCUGGCCUGCUUCUACUUCCUGCUCUUCGGGGGCGACCUGCUGCUGAGGCCCAUCAGGGUGAUCCUGCGCUACUGGGACUGGCUGAUCGCGUACAACGUCUUCGUGAUCACCAUGAAGAAUAUCCUGUCAAUAGGCGCUUGCGGCUAUAUUGAGAAAUUGGUUCAAAAUAGCUGCUGGUUCAUCCAAGCCUUCAGCCUGGCCUGCACAGUCAAGGGCUACCACAUGCCGGACGAUGACUCCUCGUGUAAACUGCCCAGUGGGGAAGCAGGGAUCAUCUGGGACAGCAUAUGUUUUGCCUUCCUCCUGCUGCAGAGAAGAGUUUUCAUGAGCUACUAUUUCCUGCACGUCGUGGCGGACAUAAAAGCCUCUCAGAUCCUGGCAUCAAGAGGGGCUGAACUUUUCCAGGCCACGAUCGUAAAGGCUGUAAAGGCAAGAAUCGAGGAAGAGAAAAGGUCAAUGGACCAGCUGAAGAGGCAGAUGGAUCGCAUCAAGGCCAGGCAGCAGAAGUACAAAAAGGGUAAGGAGAGGAUGCUGAGCUUGACCCAGGAGCCAGGGGACGGCCAGGAUGUGCAGAAACUCUCUGAAGAGGACGACGAAAGAGAAGCAGACAAACAGAAAACCAAGGGCAAAAAAAAGCAGUGGUGGCGGCCUUGGGUUGACCAUGCUUCCAUGGUCAGGAGUGGAGAUUAUUAUUUGUUUGAAACGGAUAGUGAAGAGGAGGAGGAGGAGGAGCUGAAGAGAGAAGAGGAGGAGCCUCCCAGAAGGUCCGCUUUCCAGUUUGUGUAUCAAGCCUGGAUUACCGACCCUAAGACAGCGCUGCGGCAAAGGCGCAGAGAGAAGAAAAGGCCUGCGAGGGCGGAGCCGCGGGGCCGGAGGAGCGGGGCCGCGGAGGGUCCCGUGCAGUGGGAAGACAGAGAGGAGGAGCCGGUCAAGAAGAAGUCCGAUGGUCCAGAUAACAUCAUCAAGAGGAUAUUUAACAUUCUGAAGUUUACCUGGGUCCUGUUCCUGGCGACCGUGGACAGUUUCACAACGUGGCUCAACUCCAUCUCACGGGAGCACAUCGACAUAUCCACCGUCCUGAGGAUCGAGAGGUGCAUGCUGACCAGGGAGAUUAAGAAGGGCAACGUUCCCACGCGGGAGAGCGUCCACAUGUACUACCAGAACCACAUGAUGAACCUUUCCCGGGAGUCUGGGCUGGACACCAUCGACGACCGUCCGGGCGCCCCUGCAGGUGCACAGACAGCCCGCAGGAUGGACAGCUUAGACUCACACGACAGUAUCUCCAGCUGCUACACUGAAGCAACCAUGCUGCUCUCGAGGCAGUCCACCCUUGACGAUUUAGACGGACCAGAAACUGUGCCUAAAACGAGUGAGCGCGCCCGACCCGGGCUCCGCAAAAUGCUCAGCAUGGACGUGUCCUCCUCGUCUGCUGACAGCACCAGCUUAGCCUCCAGCGAGCCCACCCAGUGCACCACGCUGUACUCGCGCCAGGGGACCACAGAGACCAUUGAGGAGGAGGAGGCCGAGCAGGCCGAGGAGGCCGAGGGGGCCCAGGACGCCGAGUCGCUCCAGGACCCCACGGAGGACGGCGACGUGGAGGCCCCGCCAUCCUACAGCAAGGCGGUCAGCUUCGAGCACCUGUCCUUUGACUCCCGGGACGACUCGGCCGGCCAGACCCACAUGGCGGUCAGCCCUGACGACAGCCGCUCAGACAGGCUGGAGGCCAGCGUCCUGCCGCCCCUGACCCACGAGCUGACGGCCAGCGAGCUGCUGCUGAGCAAGAUGUUCCACGACGACGAGCUGGAGGAGUCGGAGCGCUUCUACGUGGGGCAGCCACGCUUCCUGCUGCUCUUCUACGCCAUGUACAACACGCUGGUGGCACGCUCUGAGACGGUGUGCUACUUCGUCAUCGUGCUCAACCACAUGGUCUCGGCCUCCAUGAUCACGCUGGUGCUGCCCGUGCUCAUCUUCCUCUGGGCCAUGCUGUCCGUGCCGCGGCCCAGCAAGCGCUUCUGGAUGACGGCCAUCGUCUACACCGAGGUGGCGAUCGUGGUCAAGUAUUUCUUCCAGUUUGGGUUCUUUCCCUGGAACAAGAACGUGGAGCUGAACAAAGACAAGCCGUACCACCCGCCGAACAUCAUCGGGGUGGAGAAGAAGGAGGGCUACGUCCUCUACGACCUCAUCCAGCUGCUGGCGCUCUUCUUCCAUCGCUCUAUCCUGAAGUGCCACGGCCUGUGGGAUGAGGACGACGUGGCCGACGGUGGCUCGGACAAGGAGGACUCGGGUGACGAGCUGUCCCUCAGCCACGGCAGAAGGGCCUCCUCUGACUCUCUCAAGUCCAUCAACCUGGCCGCGUCCGUGGAGUCGGUGCACGUGACCUUCCCCGAGCAGCCGGCGGCCGUCAGGAGGAAGCGCUCCAGCUGCUCCCAGACGUCCCAGGGGUCCAGCUUUUCCUCGACUAAGUCCAAGAGAGGCAGCACCAGCACCCGGAACAGCAGCCAGAAGGGAAGCAGUGUGCUGAGCAUCAAGCAGAAAAGCAAGAGGGAGCUGUACGUGGAAGAGCUCCAGGAACAGCUCAUCCGAGCGCGAGCCUUCGCUAUCAAGAAGGCCCUGCAGGUGUACGUGCCCAUCAGGCAGUUCUUCUACGACCUCAUCCACCCUGACUACAGCGCCGUGACCGACGUCUACGUGCUCAUGUUCCUGGCCGACACCGUGGACUUCAUCAUCAUCGUCUUCGGCUUCUGGGCCUUUGGGAAACACUCAGCCGCCGCCGACAUCACGUCCUCGCUGUCAGAGGACCAGGUCCCGGGGCCGUUCCUGGUCAUGGUGCUCAUCCAGUUCGGGACCAUGGUGGUGGACCGCGCGCUGUACCUGCGGAAGACGGUGCUGGGCAAGGUCGUGUUCCAGGUCAUCCUGGUGUUCGGGAUUCACUUCUGGAUGUUCUUCAUCCUGCCGGGCGUGACCGAGAGGAAGUUCAGCCAGAACCUGGUUGCCCAGCUGUGGUACUUCGUGAAGUGCGUCUACUUCGGGCUGUCCGCCUACCAGAUCCGCUGUGGGUACCCGACGCGGGUCCUUGGGAACUUCCUCACCAAGAGCUACAACUACGUCAACCUCUUCCUGUUUCAGGGGUUCCGCCUCGUCCCCUUCCUGACGGAGCUGAGGGCCGUGAUGGACUGGGUGUGGACGGACACGACCUUGAGCCUGUCCAGCUGGAUCUGCGUGGAGGACAUUUACGCGCACAUCUUCAUCCUCAAGUGCUGGCGGGAGUCGGAAAAAAGGUACCCACAGCCGCGGGGGCAGAAGAAGAAGAAGGCGGUCAAGUAUGGCAUGGGGGGCAUGAUCAUCGUCCUGCUCAUCUGCAUCGUCUGGUUCCCGCUGCUCUUCAUGUCCCUGGUUAAGUCUGUCGCGGGCGUGACCAACCAGCCCCUGGACGUCUCAGUCACCAUCACCCUGGGCGGGUACCAGCCCAUUUUCACGAUGAGCGCCCAGCAGAGCCAGCUGAAAGUGAUGGACCAGCCGCAGUUUCACAAGUUUAUCAAGGCUUUCUCUAGGGACACCGGUGCUAUGCAAUUUCUGGAAAAUUAUGAAAAAGAAGACAUAACAGUAGCAGAGCUGGAAGGAAACUCAAAUUCUUUGUGGACCAUCAGCCCUCCCAGUAAGCAGAAAAUGAUACAGGAGCUCAUGGACCCCAAUAGUAGCUUCUCUGUUGUUUUUUCAUGGAGUAUUCAGAGAAACAUGAGUCUGGGUGCAAAAGCAGAAAUAGCAACAGAUAAACUGUCUUUUCCUCUUCCAAAUACUACACGAGAGAAUAUAGCUAAAAUGAUUGCAGGGAACAGCACAGAAAGCUCAAAAACACCGGUGACAAUAGAAAGGAUCUACCCGUACUAUGUGAAAGCUCCCAGCGACUCCAACUCCAAACCCAUAAAGCAACUUUUAUCUGAAAACAACUUCAUGAACAUCACCAUCAUCCUGUCCAGAGACAACACCGCCAAGUCCAGCAGUGAGUGGUGGGUGCUCAACCUGACGGGGAGCCGGCUCUACAACCAGCACGCGCAGGCCCUGGAGCUGGUGGUCUUCAAUGACAAAGUCAGCCCCCCCAGCCUGGGCUUCCUGGCCGGCUACGGCAUCAUGGGGCUGUAUGCUUCAGUUGUCCUGGUGAUCGGGAAGUUUGUCCGUGAGUUUUUCAGCGGGAUUUCUCAUUCCAUCAUGUUUGAAGAGCUCCCGAAUGUGGAUCGGAUUCUGAAGCUGUGCACGGACAUCUUUUUAGUCCGAGAGACCGGGGAGCUGGAACUGGAGGAGGAUCUGUAUGCCAAAUUAAUAUUCCUGUACCGCUCGCCAGAAACCAUGAUCAAAUGGACCAGAGAGAAAACAAACUGAUGGCCCAGGCCACAGGCUGCAAGCCCUGGUAGCAUUUGAAGUUUCCAAAAACAAAAGCAAACGAAGAACCCGAGGAAGAAAAGCACAAUAUUUCCCUGAGAGCCGAGCCUUCUGCGUCGGCGGCAGCGGUCGUGCCUCCGACAGACGCCGCAGGCGUGGGCGUCCCUCUGCAGGCGAGCCGCCCGGAUGCGCCUGGGAUGCUGUUUCUCUGGGUCGGGCCCACUUGCUUUUCCACGCUGUCCUGCAUUCUGACUGACUGUGUGGCGGAGGCAUUUGUGCGGCUCGUCCCUCAGAGAAACAGAGGAGGAAGAGGAGGAAGCUUUCCACGCAGGGUGGUGCCCUCCUGGAGAGACGCUGCCUCGCGGCCCGGCACCCGGGGCUCUGCAGCCCGGGAGUGCUGCCAGGGCCACCCCCCAGAUGCGCACGGGAACAGGGCUGAGGACCGCUGGAGAGCUUCCGGGGGAAGACGGGGCUGGGGGCCCCUGAUGCCGCCAGGGCAACGGCGAGCCUCGUUCUAAGCAGAAAGUACCCUCAUGACACUCCUACUGCCUUACCUGAACUGACAACGAGCACGAAGUCUUUUCAUGAAACACCAGUGACUUCUCAGGAAAAACAAACGCCCGGACUCGGCGUGGCUGGCGCCCAGCUGGCGGCCCACACCCACGGGGCAGCUGUGCCCGCCGCCCAGAGCUGCCGCUGCCCCAGUGGCGACGGGGCCCAGGGGACAGAGAAGGAUGCAGCCCGCCCGCCCCCGGCGGGGGACCCAGCUCUGCCCUCCCUGGCGGGGCCUGAGCUCUCCUCCGCCUCCCCCACUGCGGCCUCCCGUUUCCAGGAUUCCCGGCAGUGGCUUUUCCAGUGUUGUGAGGUUUUCUCCCUGUUUUUCAGGUCUAGCCACGAGUUUACAUAUUCCAGUCCACAUUUUUACAUCUGAGACGGGUUUUUUUAAGUUCGUAAUUAUGAAAGAAAUAUGUAUAUUGAGCUUGGGGAAUUUAAAAAAAAAGGCCUUUUCUUAAAUUAUUAUUAUUGGUAACACAACCUCUUCCUUAAACACCAACGUAGCAUGAAAAAUGUAUGAUCGCAAUGUAGUCUUCAUUCCAUAUUAAAAUACAGUUUCAGAGAAGAAUCGUUAAACAGACUAGAAGAUGUCAAAAACGAUCCUGUGUAGCUUGGGUUCAGGACUGACUUAAAGUAAACGCAUCCUGCGAAGUCUCUUUCCGAAUACCCUUCAUUCUGCCUUACUGCAUGGAAUGGGAGAAGCAACUGUUGUCUGUACUGUGCAGAAGGAGCUGAAAAAUCAGCCGAGAGGAGAAGGACUUUCCUGUUGGCUUUAUCGUCUGUUUGCUAUGGUGGGCGUUCUGGAUGAGAAAUGCAAUUAGCAAACAACGGUAACAUUAACUUCCAGGAAGGAAAUGGACAGUGAAUAUGCAGCUUUAAAAAGAUACCAGAGUUCAAGUGAUGUCCAGAACCUUCCAGAGAAUGAGCACCCGUUCUUCGACCGUGAAAGCUGCCUGCUUCCACCCUGCUUCCAGCAACACUCCAGUCAUCGAGCAAUAAACUCAGACCACUCAGGGAGCUCCUCAGCCCACGUGCAGGUUCCCGACAGCGGACGCGUCUUCCUGCACGGUUCUGGUGGUGACCUUUCUCUGAAACACGUCCGCAGGGGAUCUCUGGAGAGCGCGACACGGCACCUUUAGGAAGGAGGGGUGCGGGCAUCGCUCCUGAGAAACGCACGUGGAGGUAAAGGGGCCCAGGAUGGAGCACCAGUUCCACAGCUCUAGAAAGAGCUUCUGGCGUGGAGGUGGGAAAACACAGACAGACGGAGAAGGAGUGCUCCUAACGAGGCGUGGGCUGGAGGGGGACUCGCCUGGAGAAGGAGGCAGCCUGGCUGGGCCCCCACGCCAGCCGGUCGUGUCUUGUUCAGCCCAGUUUUCUGAAAACAGGAAGGAAACAUCAAGCUGUAACCGGCCACAUCCUCAGCCCCACGUGAGCAGCGGCCCCAGCUCAGAUACUGAUGGACACACAUCCCCUUAUGAAAGCGCCUGCCACCUUAGAAUGGUCCUCUGCAGGUGGCUCUGAGAGGGACAGUCCCCAAGGAUGUGUGCGGAGUGGUCUGGCCAGUGAGGAGGGAGGAUUGGGCAGAGGGACAGGCUGCCUGCCCCUGGGCUGCAGCGGUGUGUCCCCUGGGCCUGGAGGUCCCGGUGAGCUGGGGCCGCCCUUCCUGGUCCUGAGAUAUCUUGGUAUCUGGAUGCUUUAUUUGUGGUUGCCAAAACUUGGAAGGAACCAAGAUGCCCUCUGGUAGGUGAAUGGACAAAUAAACUGUGUUAGAGUCCAGACAAUGGGAUAUUAUUGCUCAGCAGUGGAAAGAAACGAGCUACAAGUCAUGACAGAGACAUGGAGGAGACGUAAAUGCCUGUUACUCGGUGAAAGAAGCCGAUCUGAAAAGGCUCCGGACUGAAUGACACUUGGGAAAAGACAGGAAGAAGGUCGGCGGCUGUCGGGCUGGGGGACGCCGCGCUGAUGGACACAUGCCGCACGACAUGCUGUCCAAGCCCACAGGGUGUGCAGCACCAUGCGUGGACUAACGUAGGCUGCGGACUUGGGGUGACAACGGGUGUCACUGUGACGACCGCCCCAUCUGGUGGGGGACGAGGGGGACGGGGGAGGCUGUGCACGCGGGGGGCCGGGGGCGCAUGGGAACCUCUGUACCUUCCUCCCAAUUUUGCUGUGAACCUAACUGCUCUUAAAAAAUUGUUUCAAUAAAAAAAGCCGC